AUGUUUGUGCCGUCGAGUUUCACAUCCGACAGUGGAGCCCCAUUUCCAGACCCCUUUGAUGAGUUGAUUGCAGCACGUCCCAGUGCCACUUUGCCGGCAGCGCCGCCUGCGAUUGCUGCCACUGCACACUCCCAACCUCCACCGCUGCCACCGCCACCCCAACAGCAGCAGCAACUACCACAACCACAGCCUUCGUUCGCUUCCUUCGCUUUGCCCACUUUUCCGCCGUCGACGGUCUCUCAGCCGCCGCCACCGCUGUCAACAGCAUCGGCGAGCACCGCCUGGCCCGUGCUAUUCCCCCCCUCCGACACAUUUUCCUCGGCGCCGCCGCCAACGAAUUCCGCAUUCGCCACCGCCUCCCCAGCCCCUGUGCCGGCGGACAAGUACGCGGCGCUGGCGGAGCUUGAUAGGAUGGGCAAAGCCGAAGGGAGCCACGAACCUCCGAGGUCUAACGCCGUGCCAGGUUUAGCGUCCGCGUCCUUCGCAUCGUUUAAACCACAGCCCCUAAACCCCUUCACCUCCCCCGGCCCAAAUCCAUUCCAGGCACCGACUGUCGGUGCGCACAAUCCGUUCGCCACCGCGCCUGCUGCUGCUCCCACCAACUCCUUCUCGCUGUUUCAGUCGAACACAGCAAACGGUGGCACCGCCUUCCCUACCGCCUCCUUCAAUCCGUUCAUUGUAAGUGCGAACCCGUCUAACCACGUUGGCUCCCGCUCGUGUUUUCAAUUCACCGCUGCUUUGAUUUAA